CCAUCACAUAUGCCAAAAUCAAAAGAAAAAAAACAUACCCACACACAUAUACCCUUCUUUACGUCUUACCAACAAACAACGUCCAAAUCGUACGUCCGUUGUCGGUUGUUGGUCGAUUUUGUUAAAACAAAUUCGAAAAUCACUCGCCACAUGUUCGACCGAAUCCAUGAUUUAGUACUAUAUGAUUGGAAUGUCAUUUCCCACCAACGACCGACAACGACGACGAAGACUUUUCCGGCGGAUGCGCACAACGCACAAAAUCGGAUGUACUAAAAAUUAAAAAAAAAAAAAAACCUAUCAAAAAUCAAGAAAGGAAACUAAAUAACAAAACAUGAAGGAAAGAAAAAUUUAAAAUUUCUUGAAAGAAAGUUUAAUAGAAUAGAAGCAAACCAUCCAGCUCAUAGCUAGCUAACACAUAGCCUCUUCUAGAGCUAGCGUGUGUGCUCUUCUUAUACUGUUCGGCGGCACUCAUCCUUAUAACGUCGCUAGCUCGCGACGCGUCGUCCAUACGCCCGCCGAUGAUGUCGUUUUUUAGUGGGUGUUGUGGGAGUAACAUGUCAUUUCGUUGUUAUCCUCGUCGUCGUGUUUGUAAUUAUUGUCGUCACCAUCAUUAUUGUGUCCAGCAGUGCGUUUCCAUGUUUUCCAAAAUUCAAGGAGCGUCAACAACAAUAUCACAAAUUCCAAUUGUUGUUUAACAAAAAAAACUAUACUUUAGUUAGAUUAAUUUAUGAAUAGCUUUAAUUAAAUUCCAAAAAAAACAAGCCAAGAGACCAACGAACGGACACGUGGGUUGGGUUCGAUAUACCUAUUCCAAAUAAAAUAAUAAAAGCAAACAAUAACAUAGUUUUUUCCAUACGAUUUCUAUAUAACUCAUAUAAUUUAUAUGGAAAAGUCUGCUACCUAUUCUAGCCUUCACUUCACUCGAAGUUGAAUACCUACAAAAAAUCUAGAAAUAAUCCUUGAGAAAACAACAAUAUCUAUAAUUUCAACAACGACGACGACGACGAACGAACCAAACAGCCGUACGAUAGAGGCCAUCAUCGCUCAAGAACAAUUUUAUAUAACUCAAUUGGAAUCUGGAGAAGAAUCUCCUCCGCCGUCGUCGCCGGAGCAAUAGCAGCAUCAAUAGCAGCCAAAUAAAGAAAGAAUGCUCAACGCCAGUUUAUCAUAUGAAAUACUAAUGUAUCUCAAUUCAUUCUAUUUUGGUAUGUUUGCUGCUAGUGAGAUCAGCAUUACUGUAUUGAAGGGAAUCAACUUGCAAUACGAAGACAACGGCCAUCGGUGGGAGGCCUUCUUGCUUCUGGUGUUAUGUAUUCUGGAAACGAUUCGAAUUGUUUUAGGCAGAAAAUGCAGUUUAAGUGACCGGGGAUGGCAAGCGAUACUCUCAGCAAUAUUGACAUUCCCAAGCAUCCUUGGUGUAGCAUAUUUUCUAUUCUUUCAAAAAUACAUUCUAAAAUUCGAAUACAUUCUAUGUGCCUUAAUGUUAACUUUGCAAGCGGCUGAAUUGUUUUUUGCAUUAAUUUUUAUCUGUGCUAUGUGUCAGCCAGUUACAUAUACCUAGCAGUGCUUGAAACCGUUGUUAAAGAGCUUAAUAAUAAGAAUAUGAUACAAGGUGAGGGUGUGUUCCAUAAGGCACUAACUAUAACGAGCGAAUUGAAAAAAAAAACAACAACAACAAUAAAAAAAACAACAUAAACUGGAAAAACAAUAAAGAGCAUAUAUAACGAAAUUGGUGUUUUGGGGAUUGCCUUCGUUGUAUACUCGGUAUUUUGAAAUAUAUCAACGGAGCUAAAGUCUAAAAUGAUGAUGUGAUUGGAAAGUUAUUCUUUCUGUCUUCCUAACGAUUCCAUGCUUCAUGGGUGUAUCGUAUAUCCUGGUCCUGCAAGCUUAUAAACUGCGUCUCGAAUACCUAAUGUGCACCCUGCAACUGGCAUUGUAUCUAACCGAA